AUGUGCAUCCUAUCCUCUCCUCCGGAGAAGCGAUGGGAAGAGGGGGAGAGCUGUGCAGGAUGUCCGAGGUACGUGAGCAAGCCUCUCGCGCGACAGGCGGGGAGGGGGAAGGAAAUUUCUGCCAUCACCUUGCUUCUAGUCGAGAGGAGGGUGUAUCACUUCCCCCACACUCACGGGAGGCUGUUCCCGGAUCACAUCCGAGGUGUAGCAGACAUCUUGCAGCAGUGGAAUCAGCCGCACGAGAUCUGCAUGGCGGGGUUGUUUCAUUCGUGCUACGCAACCGAGAUGUUCCCAUGGAAGCUCUUCUCGCUCACCGAGAGAUCGAGGCUGCAAGAAACCCUCGGGCAAGAGGUGGAAGAGAUCGUCUUCCUGUACUGCACAUGCUCGCAGAACGGCAUCUAUCGGCAGGUGAAGAGCCUCAUGCGACGUGGGCAGGACAUCCCAGCGGAGGGCCUGGUCACCAACUAUUACACCGGGCAACAGUGCUAUCUCCCUCACAAGCUCGCAGCCAAGGUUCUAGUCGUGCUGGGGGCGGACUUGAUGGAGCAGGAUCCAUUCUUUGACCUCUACCUGUCGUGCGCGUGCUUGAAGAUCGCGUCGAGGCACCUCCAGGAAACUCCUCGCCUCGUCUCCCUGCUCGAUCGGGCUGGGUUCUUCCAGAAGAAUGAGAAGGAGGUCAGAGAAGUGUCGAAGGCGGCCAAGAAAGCACUGUCAGAGGCCUUCAGCAGCACAAGAUCCGCGAGCGGACAAGAUGAGCUGCAAGCCAGAUUGACGAAACUUCACCGGCAAGCCCCAUGGCUUUUCGAAGGAGCAGUCGAGUUGAGCAGACUGACUGACGAAGCACUCAGCGACGAGGAGAGGUGA